UUUUAAUAUUUACAAACAAACAAGAUGGUCAACGUAUCCAGUCAAGCCGGUAGUUUCUUUCAAUCUGAUGCUGAUUUGAAGAAAGAAAAGGAAAAACAAGCCAAAUACAAUUAUACACUUGGUGAUGCGAUUCAACUAUCUUCCAAGGCUUUGGCUUUAUUAGUGGUACAAGACGGCAAGUAUGCAUUUGUAGCUGAAUCUGGAUCAACAGUCAAACGUAUCAAUAUCGAGACAGGCAAGACCACCAAAAUCUUCAAGGGCCACUCAGGUCCUGUCACCUCAUUAGCAUUAUCUCAUCAAGGCACUAUUUUAUGGACUGGAUCUUGGGAUAAAACAAUCAAAAAGUGGGAUGCCAAGACUGGUGAAUGUUUGACUACUUUACAAGGCCAUUCCGACUUUGUCAAGUGUGUUUUGGUUAUUGGAAAACACUUAUACUCUGGAAGCUCUGACGCUCAUAUUCGGCAAUGGGAUCUUGAGUCACAUGAAUGUCUUGCGACAUUGAAACAUCAUACUCGAGCCGUAGAAACACUGGCCAAAUCUAAUGAUGGUCUUUAUCUGUACUCUGGCUCUUCUGAUCGAUCUAUUUUACAAUGGAAUCUUCAAACUCUUCAGGUCAACAAAUCUUUCCUCGGUCAUGAUACCAAUGUUACUUGUAUUUAUAUUAGUGAGGAUGAUGAAUUAUGGUCAGGUUCUGCGGAUAAAACUGUCAAAAGAUGGAAUACGGAGACUGGCGUUGUGGACACUAAUUUGACUCAUACUGAUCGGGUGAAAGCACUAACAUUAUUGGGUCCUUAUUUGAUUACUGGAAGCAGUGAUGACAAUCUUUAUGUAUGGGACAUUGCGACUGGGAAGCUCAAGAGUACGAUUGAAGGUCACUUUGAUGAAGUUGGAUGUUUAGAUACAUUUGGAUCUACUGUUUAUAGUGCAUCACUAGAUAAUUCCCUUCGCAAGUGGUCAAUGACAGAUGCGGCACUCAAGGAAUAUGAAAAACAAGCUGAAGAAAGAAAAAAGAAAUUGGAACAAGAAAAAGCAGCUAGUAACGGAAUGACAGAGGAAGAAGAACGAGAAUUGUUAGAACUUAUGGAGGAUGAUGAUUAGUAGUUGCAGAAUAAAUUGAAUACCCUUUUAUCAUACACAUCCAACAGCACCAUUCAUGCAAUCGCGUACACUGAUUAUAGUUACAUUCAAUUUCAAUAAAUGUCUUUUUUUUUAUCUA